GAAACGUCACUGCCACGUAGAAAAUAAACUGCACGCGUGUCGCUGCAGCUUCUCCAAACUUUUCCCAACAUUUCACUUACCUGUUUUGUUCCUCAGUAAGGUGACAGUGUGGCAGCAUGCUGACAGUGCUCGCCUGGCUAUGCUCCUCCAUGCUGCUCUCCGUCAGCGGGGGGAAGCUCCCUGAAGCCGAGGUGGAGAUAGAUGUCCUGCACAGACCCUUCCUCUGUCGCCGUAAAACUAAGUACGGAGACAUGCUGCUGGUGCAUCACGAGCUGUACUUCGAGAAUGGGACAAUGUUGUACACCAGUCGAACUGAUGGUGACCGGCACGCCAUGUGGUUUACUCUGGGCAUCAUGGAAGUGCUUAAAGGCUGGGAUAAAGGCCUGCAGGACAUGUGCUCUGGAGAGAAGAGGAAACUUGUUGUCCCUCCUGCCCUGGCCUACGGGAAGGAAGGGAAAGGUAAGAUCCCUCCUGAAAGCACGCUGACCUUUGUCGUUGAGCUGCUUAACAUCAAAAAUGGACCGAGGUCUCACGAGUCCUUCCAGGAGAUGGACCUCAACGAUGACUGGAGGCUCUCCAUGCAGGAGGUAUGCACAAACACACACACUGCCUUCAGAAAACUCUCUCACUUGGAGUCAUAGGCG